CCCGUAAGAAUAUACAUAUAGUCAUGAUUUUUUAACAGUGGUAGAAUAAUUAUAAACAUUAUGCUGAUUGCAUGAAGCAAUGAUAGAUGUGUUGGAUAAUUAUGUGAAGACAUUUAUGAAUAAAAUAUAAAAAGAAAUACAGUUCUCUUUUGAAUAAACAGAAGAUGAAUGUACAAACUGAAUAUUACAUACGGCUUCUGCUGAUCCUCGUUCAAGGAGGCAUGCUGGUUUGUAAAGGUAUCAUUGAUAGAGAACUUGCAGGCAUUGCACUUGAUGUCAUCCUGAAAACUCAUGAAAAAACACUGAAGAAGAAGCUUAUAAAGUCCCAGUAUAUCGUACUGUUUCCUAAGAGUGGUACCCCGGAUGUUGAGGACCUUGACCUUUCUCUGCUGACAGUUGUUCUACAAGAUGUGACGAAUCUUUCUACCGCCGACAUACAGUACAUUAAAGUUAUAAAAGAAACAAGAAACACUUUGGCGCAUAAUUCCACCGCUUCAGUUGAACUCGCUGAUUACACCACCUUGAAAACCGAUCUGGAAGACGCAUUGACAAAAUUGUGCCUAGGUCUUGACGUGAAUCUACAGACUGAAUGCUCAAAAUUGAUACAGAAGUUCACAGGCGAACCACUUGAUGAGGCAGCUGCUCUUAAGUAUGUGAAGGAGCUGAGGAAUGAAGACGAGCUGUUACAAGAUUUUGAAGGAAUGUUGGAAAAACAGUCUGAAGAUAUUGUGCAAGAAGUAAAAGCAUCAGAGAACCGAUUACAAGAAUCCAUAUCAGAAGUUGAGCAGAGAUUAAUGGGGGAAUUCCAGAAACUACACGCUGGAUACACAUACGAUUUUUCACAUUCUACAUUUCCCGAUACAUUGCCCAAAUGUGAGGUUUGUUCCAACAAAGGCAACACUGCAACAUUCUAUUGUGAAGCCUGCUGUAAGUUUAUGUGCACUGAAUGUAACCAACGUAUCCAUACUGUUGAGAAGACGCACAGCCGGCAAAGAAUAGAAAAAGGCAUGCCAUUUAAGCUAGACAUGAAGGGUUAUGAUAAGUGUAAUGUACAUAAAAAGAACAUUACACAUAUCUGCAAAUCUGACAAUAAACUUUGCUGUGAGGUGUGUGUAAAGGAGAAACAUGAACACUGCAGUACAAUUUAUUCCAUUUCUGAAGCAACAUGCGAGUCUAAACACAACCCAACAAUGGAAAUACCUCGACUACAAAACGAAGCACGCCUGCUUCUUGCAUGGUUGUCUUCCAUUGAAAGAGAUGUAAACAAGAAUGUAAAAAGUAUUCCUGCAAGGUUAGAUGAAUAUAGAAAUGCGUUAUUGAAGCAAUUUGAUUCUGAAGCACAGAAAAUAAAAGAAAAAGCUAAUGAAAUGAAAAAUAAUACAUUGAAAGAAAUACAGAAAAAUCGCAAACACUGUUUGCAUGUCAUUGAGAAAUCUGAACAAGCCAAACUGUCAUUGAUUAAUAUGACUAAAUGUGGCACAGCCUCACAAAAACUUAUUUCUCAGUAUCAGAUAGAGGCAUUUAGAACCAAAUUGCAGUCUCUAACAGAUAUCUAUAUUGUGUCUCUACAUCUUGAACAUUUGAACUUACCAGAACAAAUUGCACUACUAUCGGUACAUAUGGAGGCACCAGACAGCAGGCCAGUACAGUUGUUCAUGGAUAGUGUACUGGAACUGAAGCAGAAUAAAAGCGAGAAGCAACCGUUGCUAACAGGUAUGGAUUUUCUGCCGGAUGGUAGACUGGCUGCCGUGGAUAAUUUCAACAAAAAAUGCUUGAUUUACAAUAAGAAGCUUGAGAAAGUAGGAUCAUAUCAGUUAUCGUAUACACCACAGAGUAUUGUUGUUGUAUCUGAGGAGGAAGUGGCGAUAACAAAUGAGGGAUAUUACAAGAUAUACUUUCUACGUGUCAGUAAAUUAAAUGAAAUAACUUUAAUCAGGACAUGUAAAGUAACGACAGAGUAUGACUCUGUGUGUCUGAAGGAUGAUAAGAAUUUUGUUGUUGGAACAAUUGAUGAUACUAGACCUUUUCGUAUUGUAUCUAUAUUAGGAGAAGAGAAAGAUUUCAGUAUCGACUUUCAUAACAAAAAGUACUCUAUUGGUACCAGCGCAUGUACAUAUAUAAGAAACAGUAACAAAAUUGUUCUCACGGAUAGGGAUGAUCACACUGUCUUUAUAUACGACGCUACGACCAACACCAGAGUCGAUGUCAAGGACCAACAAAUCAGAGAACCAAGAAAUGUCGCAGUAGGACCUUUAGAUUGUAUCUUUGUUUGUUGUAAAGGAACAGACAGCAUUGUACAGAUUUCUCCAUCAGGAAAAAUUGUAGCAUCUCAUAAGAUAGAUAUAAGGUUUCCUUACAGUAUUUGUUUUUCAAAGGACAAAACAAGACUUGCCAUUUCUAACAGUUCUAAGAAAGGGGUAAAACUGCAACUCUUCAAAGUAGUGAUAUGAUAUUAUGUAAAUACACUAGCAUCUCCAACAGACGAAGUUUGAAUGUUGGCAACAGCAAUAUCAGAAACACAGAUUUUACAAAUCAUAAUUGAGUGUUAAAUAUUGAAAGAAUAAAUUUAUUAUUUUUGACUGUUGUUCUAUAAAAAAUAAUAAGUUUAUAGAAAUUAGAUAAAAACAUACCGACUGAUACCAAAAUCAUAAAUAUGUUUCCCUAAGAAACAGACAAUCACACAAGUUACACGCUAUUCUUAAACAUUCACAGUUAUCUACAAAAAACUGAAACGACGCCCAGUUCUAAAAGGGGAGUAAACAAGGGAAGAAGCGAGUACGAACAUUGUUGGGGGCAGCGCAUUUAGCGUUGGUAACUGAUACAGCAAAACAUUCUAGGUUUCAGAUUGCAUCUUUUAUGCUACAAGAAGAUGUUUUUAUGAAAGAAACAAGACGCAGAUACCAGAUGUCAAUCUGCGCAGAAAUACAUAUACUUCCCUGGGAAAGCAUUUAAAAAAAUAAAAAUUGGGUAUUAAAAGCAUGUGAAUUGCCUUGUUUGCACACGAUUUUUCUCCCGUUCAUACAUAGGCGGAUCCAGUGAAAAAAAGUAGUUUUUAUGAAAGAAUGCAAAUUAAUGCAUUAAAUUAUACAUUUAAAACUUUGGACAACUCCAAAGUACUAAUUUAAAAUAGCCAUUAAAGUAUGACAUAAUUAGUUUUGUUAACCAAUCUAUUCUUAUAUUUUCAAACCUUUUUAUCAAUAACAGUAUACAACAUAUAGUGAUGUUAGAGACCGUAAGGCAGUUAUACAUAAACGAUAUCAAUCACUGGAGACAUACACAGAUGCAAAAUACUGCAGAAUAGGAGAGAUCGCCGUGACGUUACGCAUGAACACCUGUUUAUCUGGUUUAAAUGUUGUGUUUCUUAUGGUGCUGUUGGAUCAUUUCAAGUAUUUCAUACAUAUUAAUCACUAGUUGGUAGAGUUGAUUCAUAAAAAAGAUAAAUGUAAUAAAGUGGUAUGUGUUGCUGCUAUGAAAUAAACCUGUUUUGUCAAAUUGUAGCAUGUUGUAUAAUAACAAUAUUUUAUGGUUUAUUGUCAAAAGCAUAUAACGUACAGUCACCUAUGCCCUCACUCUCAGACGAAGAUCAUGAAGACCACAGUGCGUCCUGAAAAUGUGUACUUCUUAAGUUCAUACUGCGCCCUUGCAAUAUCCUUGCCAGGUUCUCACUGCGUCUAACACGUUUCCAAUAAUCUUUAUUACCACGCGCAUCUCCACGUCCAAUGCGUUCUUACUACAUUCUCAGUACGACCAGUCAGAUUGAACCUCUCGCUCGCUUACCAUGUGCUUAUCACGUUCUCGUUGCGUCGUUCCUUUUGCAAGUUAUAUUGUGUCUGUAUCUACACUCAACAGCAAUCAAAUACAAUAUACAACAAGGCCCCCGGAGAAAUCAGAGCAGUCUUAUAGAGAGGCCGUGGUGGAAAAAAGCAAAAGCAGCGUGAAUGGUAUACGAAGGUCCAGAAAUCUACUAUAUGCUGCCAGUGCUUUUGAGUCCGUGAUCUUGCGGUAAUUCCUUAUGAUCUACGUUCAUACCCAUUGCUGGUUGAAAAUGAAGUGAUGGGGAAUUGGAUCCAGUAUCCAUACUCAGUUCUCAGAAUCUGAAACAGACAUGGUGAGAACCUGCUGCAAACGUGAUAUAGACAUGUUAAGCACCAAAAGAACGUAUUGAUAUCCAAAAACGUAUUCUACAAUGUGGCACGAACGUAGCAGUGUGCAUUCCUACAUCGUCUGUUACACCUCUUGAACAUACUAAAACAGGUUGACCAUCAGGUCGGGCGCAUAUGGGGUUAGGUGUUCUAUCACUUUCUUAAGAUCCAAGUCAAGAUAAAUAAGGCUGACCAGAGGUAUCUUUGAAAACCUGGAACGUGCAUCAAGUAUCAGUCUCGUACCAAUAGCUCCUCAAGUGCAUGUGCAAACUAGAUAGAGGCUGUCGAGGAAGAUGUAAUUUGUCAGAAGUGCUGAAAUGCUCUGUACUGCCUUAUGCAAGUUAAUUAAAGUUGUCUACCAUCUCGUGCUUGUGUGAACUGACAUGUGUAUCUUACAUGAACCUUAUUUCAGAUUUCAGCUCACUGAGCUGAGUAAUCUAUUUCACAGAAUAGUUACUGUUUGUCCGUGAAAACAACUUUAAUAUUUUCAGUCUUAUUCUUCUUUGUUACAAAGUUAGCAUUACAUAAUCAAUGAUUAUGUGAUCGAUAUAUUAUGCAGACAUUGUGACAACGGGUGCAUAAUUAGGAACGUUGUUUCAUUUGGUCCUACUAGCCCGAAGCUAUAAUAUAUUCUUGCAUUUCUAAGUCCCAAACCGAAAGGGGUUGUUGUUGUAUUUUGUGUCAUAGAAAAUACAAUGUUAUAUAGAAACUAACAUAACAGACUUUCUCAUUCUCCAUAUUACCUACUAUCUAUACACAAGGUUUCAUGAAGAAGUCUUUAGAAAUUGUACUUUUGAAGUUAUUGAAGAAUCCACCAUUUCCGAAUGAAGGACGGACUUACAGACGCUCGAAAUGAUAUACAAAGGAGAAACUAAGAUAACAAGCAUUUCUCAAUUUUUCCUCUUAUCUAUGUACAAUUUCUCAAGAAACAAUCUCUCUUAGUUUUUAAGAAAUGCAGGAUGGAACUUUUUGUCACAUUCGUUGACUAUUUGUUGCCAAUUUAAAUGACGUUGGCAUUCUCACAAUUGCCAUCUACCCAUGUACCACGUAUAAUAAAAAAUCUGUUCUAGUUUUAAAGUUAUUACACUAUCCAUGCAUACGGGGGGCAACCCAUAAGCCCCCUCUGGCUAAACAUUGUUGGCAGAAUAGCAACUAUGUUUUAAUAUGCUGCCUUGGAGGGAAUACAAGUAAAAUAUGAUAAAUUACUUAAAGGAAAACAAAAAAAAUCCCUUUAAAAUAUAUAAAAUGUGUUUUAUGCUUUAAUAAAAUGCUGUGCCAAUGUUGGUGCUUUUCCCAUUUUCUGAAUUAUUUUGGCAUUUCCUGUUACGAACUGAUCGGACUAUAAUGGUCCUCUAAAAAUAUUUUAAAUGUGCCUCCGAGGUGAAAAGAGGCCCCGCCAAAGGGACCACAAGUUUUCAAAAGAAUUAUAUAGGAAAAACUAACUAGACCUAGGACUUUGAUAUUUAGUAUGUAGCAUUACAUUGUGGUCCUCUACCAGAAUUGCUCAAAUUGUGCCUCUUGGAUGAAAAGAGACCCUUCCCUAGGGGGAGGUGGGGUCGCAAGUUUUACACAGACUUGUAUAGUAAACAACUUUAAAAAUCUUCUUGCUUCUGGCAUAGGCUUUUGAUAUUUGAUAUGUUGCAUUGUCUUGUGGUCCUCUACCAAAGUUGUUCAAAUUAUACCUCUGGAAUGAAAAGAGGCCCUGCCCUGGGGUCCCAGAUUUAACAUAAUUUUAUAUAGGUAAAAAUAAAAAUCUUCUUGUCUGAAAGAUCAAGGCUUAGGCCUUGGAUAUUAAGUGUGUAGCGUUGCCUAAUGGAUCUAUAACAACACUUGUUAUAUGAGUUAUAAAAGAGCAAAGACUUCAAAACUUAUCAGAUCAUAUUUCCUAGACUGUUUAAUUAUAAUUACCUGAUGACCCCAAGCGAUUAAUUAAGGGUCACUUGACUGUGACCAUGACCUACUGACAUAUUUUCUUGAUUUUUAAGGUACAUCCUUGAAAUUUAGAUGACAUGUUCAGUUUUACACACCAAUCUUACAACUGACUUUCAGUGACCAUGAAUAUAUGACCUUCUGACAUACUUUCUAAUAUUUUAGCAUUAGUUUGUCGUUUUAAACGAGCUCAUAUUGCUCAGGUGAGCGAAUCAGUGUCAUCAUGACCCUCCUGAUAACGAAGUCUAGAUUUAAGUAUGUUUUUCUUUUAUUUUGCAUAAACUAUAUAUAGUGUUUUGU